CCACAGUAAGAAUGAUUAGUACCAAGAAGCUCAUCAGAUUGGCAAGGAAAUGGCAGAAGUUUGUGGUAAUCAGGCGCAAAAGAGUUACUUUUCCAGCAGCCAAAGGAGGUUUAGAUGUGGAGAGUUGCAGCACAUCAUCAAGUAAGGGACACUUUGUUGUGUACACUAAUGAUCAAAGGAGGUUUGUGUUCCCACUGAAGUUUCUCAACCACGACAUUGUUCGAGAGUUAUUCGAGCUAGCAGAAGAAGAAUUUGGAUUACCAAGCAAUGGACCGCUUACAUUACCUUGUGAUGCAUGCUUCAUGGAAUAUGUUAUUGCCUUGAUCCAACAUCACAUAUCUAAAGAUGUACAGAAGGCACUGGUCAUGUCCAUUUCUAGCAAAUGCUCGUCGUCCUUGUAUCUACAGCAAGAAAUAGUAAAUCAGCAAGAGAUAUACUGCUUCUGAAGCUAAUAUUAUUUCAGUUUUGUAAACUUGCCAGACAUAUAAAUUUGAAAUUCCAAUGAUUUUCA